AUGCAGAACCUCAGCACUUUGGCGGUUUCGCUGAUCGAGAUAGAUACAUUUCCAUCAUCGUUUCCUCACGACAUUCGCACAGACAAGAUGAACGUGAAAUCUGAGGUCAAGCCCGAAGAGGAAGAUGUUAAGAUUCCUCCUCCUCCUGUUGAUGCCGACGAUGGAUCUUUCGACCUGGAUACUGCGGGACUCGAAAACCGGGUAUGGUUGGUGCGACUGCCCAAGUUUUUGGUGGACAAGUGGAGCCAUCUGGAUGAACACACUAACAAGCGACUCGGCCAGGUGCUGAUCAAGGAAAACACAGCUCCCGGCGAGAAACAAAAGGUGUCUUUGCGCCUAAGUGAUACGCCCGAAAACAGUGAGAUUCCACAUGAGUAUGAGUUGGAUAUCGUCAAGGAGGUGGUCAACAACACGUUUGUGUUCACGGAGAAGGAGCAGAAGAAGGAAAAGGAAAAAGAAAAGGAGGAGGCCGGCAGUAGUGGAGCCGGCUCGUCGUCGUCGGCAGCGUCAUCGUCAGCAGGAAAGGUCUCAAAGCCAUCAGCAUUUCCAUUUGCACGAACAAUCCCCAAGAAAACGGCGCUGGCCGGCCGAGUAAUCCACGAAUGCACAGUUGUGCCGUCACUCAAGGACGCAAAUUACAAAAAGGUCAUUCAGAAGCGAAAGGAGCGACUGCAACAGCCUCCUGCUGCCCGAGUCACUCUGCUCAACGACCUCCCCGGCGUGGUGGCUUCUUCCAAUGCCCCCAACCUGCGUGGCACUGGCUCUCAGUCGCACUUCAUGAAGGCCCAGAAGAAGGAUAUCAAGCUGGACGGAAAGGCCGUUCGGAUCGAGCGAUCUGCGCUUCUGGAUAUCCUCUUCAAGCUGUUCGAAGAGUACCCCUACUGGUCGCUCAAGGGUCUUAAGGAACGAACCAAGCAGCCUGAAGUGUACCUUCGAGAGGUACUCGAUAGCAUGGCUGUUCUCAACAAGUCUGGUCCUUAUGCCAUGAAAUACUCCCUGCAACAGGAGUACAAGCAGCUGUCCAAUUCUGCAGGUGCCCAGGAGGAAGACGAUGGUGCAGACGAUGAUGACGAUGAUGUUGAGAUGGAGACUGUGUUGUAG